AUGUCUCCGAAUAUAUCGGUCAUUAGCAAUCACAGUGCUCGAACAACCGCAACAACAACAACAACAACCCACAAUAAUGUUACGGAUGGUAUGAUUACGAGCCAGAUUGCCAGUAGUCAUCCAAAUGUUACCGAUCUAAUCGAUUGUCAUCAUCCCUAUCACCAACAUGAACCUUCUUCCGCACAAGUACUACUUGCUUCUCAUUUCUUCACGGAUGAUAAUUAUUCUCCGUUACUGGUCCAAACCACCACGACGUCUUUCCCAUCAACAACAACAACAACAAAAACCAAACACCAUUCAACCUCUUCUGCCUGUUCCUCUUGUAUUAAUAGUAAUAUUAACAAUACUCCGACGAAUCAAAAUAACAACAACAACAACAACACAAACAACAAUUUGUACAGAAAUAUUUCAUGCUCAACACCCAUUGCACCCACUCAAACUGCUGGCACAGUUACUCCUCCACAAUGCCUUAUUCCGCAAGAAUGCAGCAACAACACCUUAUCGGAAAGUGUCAUACAGCAACGAGUACGGUUCAUUAAAGACAAAAUGCUGCUUUUGGUUAACUUUGAAGGACUCACUUUGAGAUCUGUACAUGAUGUAAAUACAAUUCAACAAGUAUUACAAGAAUUGGUUGGAUUUCAUAUGAAAAAUAUCCUACAAUCAGCACAACAAAGCAGAAAGGACAAAUAUGGAAAGCUUUACUCUUCGAAUGCACUUCGAUUGCAGCAACAGUAUCAAAUCGAUUGUUUUGUGUGCUAUGAAAAUUUUAGUUGUGACAAUGAGGAUUUAUGGAUUCGAUUCCAACACACAAUGGAAUCUCUGCAGCAACAAUUUAACUUUAGAAUGUUUGAAGAAUUUUCAUGUAAAAAUAGCUAUGAAGCUCGAAUCUCACAAACCAUGUCAAUAUUAUCAGAACAAGAUCACGUACCUGCCGUUUUUAGUCGAUCGCUUUCGCCUCCAAGAUCUUCAUACAUGAAUUCCUUGGAAAAGGAUCACAACGAUUCCCCCAGUAAUACCUCAAUAUCACCUCUCGAAUUGACGAAACCAUUUUCUCAGGAUGUGAUUUCGGAUCAUUUAGACAGCGCCUUAAAUAGCAUCACAAAACAGCCUAUCAAACAUGUAAUCCAAUAUCAUGCCAAGUAUUUCACAUCUACAACAACCUCAUCAAGCCAUCAAAUGGAUGACUCAAAAUCUCCCUCCUCAGAGAUAUACAUUACCAUAAAUAACCGAUUUGAACUAUACAAGGUUCUCAGCCGAGGCACCUAUGGAACUGUUUACAAAGGUCAAGAUAAUCUUCACAAUACUAGCGUUGCUGUGAAAGAACUAGAUCUCGAAAUGAUGGACAAAAUUGGAGCAAUCGAGUUUGCACAAAGAGAGGUUGAAAUAAUGAAAUUAAUCAAGGAUCAUCCACAUCCUCAUAUUGUAAAUACUUUAGAUGUGAUAGAGGAGUAUGAAACAAUUGUACUUUCUUGUAAUAACAAGCCACCGUCAAAAUCAUUCGUUUAUAUCGUGACAGAAUUUUGCGAAAAGGGCUCUCUCGAGAAUCCUUUAGAUGAACACGAACAGCACAAAGAAGAGGAUGUGCAGCGUUAUUAUGUACAAAUGGUAUUGGCGAUUGAACACAUGCACAAUGUGCUAUCAAUUUUGCAUCGUGACAUUACAUUAAGCAAUGUUUGUCUUGAUGUGAACGGUAAUGUCAAAAUUGUUGAUUUUGGAUUGUCGGACAAGUUUGAAAAGGGAAAGAAAUAUCAUAGACUCUUUGUGGGCAACGGUGGCUAUUGUUGCCCUGAAGUUUUGCUAAAGAAAUGCUAUGCUGAAGAAAUUGACGUGUAUGCUCUUGGGGUAGUUCUGUACAAAUUAUUGACAGGAUAUUUACCCUUCAGAACAGCUCAAGACAAAUUUUCAAUGAAUUACUUUAUUCCACUUGAGGAGGAAGAACAAAUCUCUGAUACAGCGAAAAAUGUCAUUCAAAAUUUGUUGGAGAUUAAUCUUGCAAAAAGAUGGAAAUUGGAAGAUGUCAAACAGGACAUUUGGUUCAAAGAAGGACUUCAAAAGCUGCAAAGUGGUAGUAAACAAUGA